UAUAUUGCCCAAACCUUAACAUCAAUGCAUCAUGACCGAAACAGCAUAUUGCAGCUCUCUACAAUACCACCAGAAGUGAGUGAACAAUAUGCACAGCGUCCACCAGAGUCAUUCGAACCAUCGUGCACCCUCGUCGCCAUUGCCGCCAACUCUUCAGUCCAACCUACAUCGAGAACAGCCACCAUCUCCGAAGCCACCACAGCCGCAGCUGCAGCAAGCUCGUCGGAGAGGCCCUCCACCACCACCACCACCUCCUCCACCAAGACGACCACGCGCAGCUACACAUUCAGUGGCACAGCAAGAGCGGACACCGCCUCCACCAUUACCAGCUCGUAACAAUCAACAAACACCUACUCUUGCAGUACCACCUCCAGCUGCUGCACCCGCAAUGUCAACAUCUGCUCCAGCCAAUACUGGCGCACCAGGACCUCCUCCACCACCACCUCCUCCUCCUCCUUCUGCACCGCCACCGCCAGAUGAGAGCAUGCAGUUGCCGCCAGAGACAGGCACAGGCGGACGCGCUGAUUUAAUGGCAUCCAUCCGAGCAGCAGGCGGGUUUGGCCAGUUGAAACAAGGCGGUCAGUUACGCAAUGCUCCAGAGCAGCAUGCUCCUACUACGCCAGCUUCUACUGCAUCAGGACCAGCAACAGCAGCAAGCAGCAAACCUGAUCUGGCAUCCAGUUUAGCAGCUGCAAUACACCAGCGUAAACAAGCCAUGGGAAGUGAUGACGACGGUUUUAGUGAUGACGAUGAUGAUGAUGAAUGGGCCUAACGGGAUUUUUAAAGUUCCCAAGGGUCCUACCCAUUCUGUGCCACGGUUACACAGAAUACCCAAAACUGGAUAUAGCGGACAUAAAAAAUAGCUUUAAACUUUCUGGAACGUGGGUUUGGUCGAGCCAACCAACAAAGUUUAAGUUUGUCGUCAUCCUCAUCGUCCAGAAUUGGUUCUUAUUUUGUGUAUAUAACACUUGUAUAUACCAAAUCGACUGACUUUAUGUCUAGAAUACAAAAAGCAACGUGACAAAAAGACAGCUCUUUUAUCGUUCUUCUACACCAAAGAUUGAAAGAAAACCAAAAGUAGUUAGUAUUUGAGUUAAAUUUAGUAUCAUAUGU